CAUUGGCCAUAGAGUGGCACUAAGGGGGUUGAUACUGCUCGGCAUGAUGUUGGCCGACGGCCCUCAUUCAUUGUCAAAGGGGCUUCUAUUCACUAUGGAGAAAAUGAUGAAAUGCUGCCAUUGUAAAGGGGACCAAAGGACACCCGAUCCCCUCGUUGGCUCCGGCUUUCUUUUGUCCAAGUAUUUCAUAUCUGACAAUUCAGCUGAAAAGCAUUUGGAACUUGCAGCAGCGAUGAACCCAAGGCUCGGUGUUUGCCCACAAAGAUAUGGGGAAUAAACAGACUAUCUUCACAGCACAACAGCUCGACGCCUACCAGGACUGCACAUAUUUUACAAGAAAAGAAAUUCUCAGGCUGUUCUACCGCUAUCGGGAUUUGGCACCGCAACUUGUUCCUCUUGACUACACCAACCAGCCAGAUGUGAAGUUACCAUAUGAGCUGAUUGGCAGCAUGCCGGAGCUGAAGGAUAACCCAUUUUGUCAGAGGAUCGCUGAGGUUUUUUCAGAAGACGGAGAAGGAAACAUGACCCUGGACGACUUUUUGGACAUGUUCUCAGUCCUGAGCGAGAUGGCUCCACGCGACCUCAAAGCUUACUACGCUUUCAAAAUCUACGAUUUCAACAAUGACGACUUUAUCUGCAAGUCAGAUUUGGAGAAGACCUUGAACAAACUCACUCGCAAUGAGCUGACAGAGGACGAGGUGAGGAUGGUCUGCGAUAAGGUGAUCGAUGAGGCUGAUCUGGACAAUGAUGGACGUUUGUCACUGGAGGACUUCCAGCACAUGAUUGUCCGAGCUCCGGAAUUUCUGAGCACCUUCCACAUAAGGAUAUAAGGAAGCGAGGCAAUUGUGGAAUAAGACUUAAAAGGAUGGACUGACAGAGAAGAACAUCUGGAGAGUGAGAAAGUUAUCCACACGA